UCCGGCGGCGGAAGCGGCGGUGCGGCGCAUGCGCAGUCCUUUCCGGCCGGGCCCCGCCGCCGCCGCCACGAUGUUGAUGCCCAAGAAGAACCGGAUCGCCAUUUACGAGCUGCUGUUCAAGGAGGGGGUGAUGGUGGCCAAGAAGGACGUGCACAUGCCCAAGCACCCCGAGCUCGUGGACAAGAACGUGCCCAACCUGCACGUCAUGAAAGCCAUGCAGUCCCUCAAGUCCCGGGGGUACGUGAAGGAGCAGUUUGCCUGGAGACACUUCUACUGGUACCUGACCAACGAGGGCAUCCAGUACCUGCGGGAUUACCUGCACCUGCCCCCCGAGAUCGUCCCGGCCACGCUGCGCCGCAGCCGCCCCGAGACCGGCCGGCCCCGGCCCAAGGGUCUGGAGGGCGAGCGGCCGGCGCGGCUGACGCGGGGCGAGGCUGACCGGGACACGUACCGGCGCAGCGCCGUGCCACCUGGUGCUGACAAGAAGGCUGAGGCUGGUGCUGGAGCAGCCACCGAAUUCCAGUUCGUGAGUGUUUUUGCAUUUGGGAUUUGCUUCCUUUGUUGAGGCUUUGAUGGGAGGAGCUGGAAGGUCCUACGGGUGUGCUCCUCACUGCGGGGCUCUGAGGGUGUAAGAGAGGCUGGAACCCUUCACACCCAGCUCUCUCUCUGUGAGUAGAGGACGUGGUGGCCUCGAUGCUGGGACAGAGGCCAGCAGCAGGUCUGAGAGCAAGCUGAGCUCUCUGGAG